GAUGGAUCCAGGAUUCUCCUUUCCUUAUCUUUUUUUGUUGGUCUGUCAACUGUCAUCCUCUUCUCUGAGCCUGUGCCCAAAAACUAACGAAGAGCAUGGCUACCACGCUCAGCCUUCUAAAAUCACCUGUCCUUCCCAGAACCCCUCCAUUUAUACACUCAAAGCUCCCAUCUUUGCCCAAACAACCAAGAUUAGAUGCCUGCAAGAAAGACUUCAAUAGCCGACUAAAUCUCUUCUCACAAACCACCCACCAUUUACCUUCAUCAUCUCUUCGACUUACAGCAUUCACAUUUCCCUUCCUUUUAGAUGCCAAGGAUGCACUUGCUGCUGGUGGGGAGUUUGGGAUAUUGGAGGGAAGGACAUUUGCACUCAUACAUCCAAUUGUGAUGGGGUUCUUGUUCUUCUACACCUUGUGGGCUGGGUAUUUGGGUUGGCAAUGGAGGCGAGUGAGGACCAUACAGAAUGAGAUCAAUGAGCUCAAGAAGCAAGUCAAGCCUACCCCUGUUACACCUGAAGGGACACCUGUGGAAGCAGCACCAUCUCCUGUUGAAAUCAAAAUCCAGCAACUCACUGAGGAGAGAAAGGAGUUGAUAAAAGGGUCAUACAAGGACAGGCACUUCAAUGCAGGAUCAAUACUGCUAGGUUUUGGAGUUUUUGAAGCUAUUGGCGGAGGAGUCAAUACAUGGUUUAGGACAGGAAAACUUUUCCCUGGACCCCAUUUAUUUGCUGGAGCAGGCAUUACGGUUCUAUGGGCAGCAGCGGCAGCUCUAGUGCCUGCAAUGCAGAAAGGCAAUGAGACGGCAAGGAAUCUUCACAUUGCCUUGAACGCACUAAAUGUUCUGCUUUUCGUAUGGCAAAUCCCUACUGGAAUUGACAUUGUUUUCAAAGUGUUUGAAUUCACUAAAUGGCCUUGAAUUGCAAGCUCUAGUCCUAGUGUGAGCAAGGUCAAUUUUUUCAACUUCCUCUGUCAAUACUUCAUGACCCUUGUGUUGAAAAUUAAAUAUAUGCUAUGUUCUUAA